AUGAGCGACGCCAAUACCCUCAACACCACAGAAGUGGCAGCUGGUCCCACCACACCACGCAAGGGACCUCCCAAGUUCAAGCAAAGGCAGACAAGACAGUUCAAAAGCAAGCCCCCAAAGAAAGGAGUAAAAGGGUUUGGAGAUGACAUUCCAGGUAUGGAGGGACUUGGAACAGAUAUUACAGUGAUCUGUCCAUGGGAGGCUUUCAGCCAUCUGGAACUGCAUGAGCUGGCACAGUUUGGUAUCAUCUAA